AUGCCGACAAGGUCCGGGGGAGGAGGAGCAGCAGCUCUAGCAGGAGGUCUACAGUCGCGCGCGCUGAACGUGGUGCUGGUGGCGGGGGACUGUUUCUUCAUCGGCAUGCAGCCCAUCCUGGUGUACAUGAGCAAGGCCCGCAGUGCCCGUCCCAGCGUCAAAGCUGCCUUCACUCCCAGAGCCAUUUGGAAGUCAGCCAAGGCGAAUGUGCUGCUGGCGGUGCCGGCGCUCCUCUAUGCCAUGAACAACUACCUCAAAUUCGUCAUGCAGCUGUAUUUCAAGCCCACGACUGUGAAGAUGCUCGGUAAUCUCAAGAUUCUUGUGAUCGCCGUGCUGCUGACUGUGGUCAUGAAGAGGCGCUUCACUUUCAUGCAGUGCGAGGCACUCGUGCUGCUACUCAUAGGCAUCAGCAUCAACCAAAUACCGUGCGGCGGCAAUGCUGCCGCUGCUGCCAUGCUGGACGUCUCGCCCCUUGCAUGGGUCUACACAUUCUUCUUUCUCACAAUACCUUCAACCGCAUCAGUGUACAACGAGUAUGCAUUGAAGAGUCAGUUCGACACCAGCGUCCAUCUGCAGAACUUCUUCAUGUAUUGCUGGGGCCUUCUCUUCAACCUCAUCUUCCUCCUGGGAGUCUUCAUUGCACGAGGCGGGGACAUGGCAUCGUUGAACAUCUUGCAGGGGCACUCGCGGGCCACGGCAGUGCUUAUUGCCAACAACGCCAUGCAGGGCAUCCUCUCCUCCUUCUUCUUCAAAUACGCUGACACGAUACUGAAGAAGUAUUCAUCCACCAUCGCCACCAUAUUCACAGGCAUUGCAUCCGCCAUUCUCUUCGGCCACACGCUCUCCAUCAACUUCGCCUUGGGCGUCUCCGUGGUCCUCAUCUCCAUGCACCAGUUCUUCUCAGCCAUGCCGCCCAAGGCACCACGGCACAAGGACAACGACAGUGACGUGGAGGACUGGGAGGGGGGCGAUGGGCGGGUGGGGGGGAGCAAGGGCGCGGGGGGCAUGCAUGUGAACGGGUCACCGGCUUACCACUCGCUUUCUCCCAGAUCCAUGUUGGCGAGAGAGUCAUCGCUAGUGGAGAUGGCAGCAGGAGCCAAUGAAGAGGCAAAUCACAGGCAUAGAUUGACCGCCCAUGCUCUUCCUAUAUGA